UAUUUGUUCCUUUUUGAACGCAGUCGAUGAAAACGGGUUUCCACUGUAUACUUUAAGUGCAAGCGUUGUUCAACACUACUUCAAAACAAAAAACGACGCCAUGCCAGAUUUAACCGUACAGCAAGUGCUUGAGCUGCGCGACAUCCUGCAAUCUUACAACAGCCACAAGGAUACCUACAUGGACCUCUAUCGCAAAAUCGUUAAAAAACACUACACAACAGAGCUAAACAACUUGGUAAAUAGCGAAUUCAACAUUUUAGAUACAGAGCUACACGUUCCCAAGAUACCGCCACUCUCCGUUAAGCCGGAAGAUUACACACCCAUGUUUCAGCUCAGCAAAUUGGAAGAAGUCUACGAGGCCACCACGGCUAACUUGUCCUGGUUGUAGGACUGUUCCGAUCGAUCCUUGGUACUAUUCAGCCAGUAACCAUGUAGCACCCUA